AUGGUUUACUUGGGCAUUGAAGCUUCAUCUGACGUACCAAAUGUGACUCUGUUUGUGGAGUCAUGUAAAGCCACUCCUGACGACAACCCUGACAACAGCCUCUCUUACGACCUCAUCAAGGAUGGUUGUAUCCAAGAUGAAACAGUCAAAGUCCAUGGAUCUGAACCAACUGCAUUCAACUUUGAGGUGCAAGCGUUCAAAUUUAACGGAAACUAUGACCAGGUGUACAUUACCUGUGCUGUGAUCCUGUGUGAGCAAGGGAAUUCCUUUUCCAGAUGUGCCCAAGGCUGUGUGAAGUCAUCCAGUAGACGCAGACGUAGGCGUGGAUUGGCUAAAGAGACCGUUGCCCACUACAUUACCCAGGGUCCUUUGCUGUUUAUCAAACAGGAUGUCCCCAGUGAGGAACUUGAUGAAGAUGACUUUGUGAUGAAUAAGUUCAAUGACCCGACUACAGUGCCCACUCCACCACAGUCUGAACUGCCUACUCGUCUUAUUGUGGACAGAAGACACUGGGACAUCCUUGACAUGAUCGCCACAAAUGUCAGCACUGUGAUCUUUGCUACUGCAUUUGUACUUUCACUGCUGGUUAUGGCUGUUCUCAUAUGGUACUUUUCCAAGAAGAGAAAAGCAGAAGACCGCAAAUCUCUUCUGAUUUCAGAGUGGGAAAACUAAACUCUGCUCUAUAUGCAUGACCCACAUUUUGGUAUACUAGUUAUACAGGGGGUCUAUAAAGUCUCCUUACAAUUUAACACAUUUAUUACAAAAGCAAAUGAAUAGACAAAUCUGUAGAAAUUAUUAAAAAAUUAAAAGUAGAUAUUGAAGUUUUUUGCCUCAUUCAAUCCACCUCUAUGUGGACAACAUUAGCUGCACAAAGCAUAUCCAGAUGAUACUGGAUUUGUUUCCAUGUUGGCUGUAUCAUAGACUCAUCAAUGGUGUAAGUAGUCCCUUCUCCAUUGACCCUCAAAUUGUGCAAAUAUAACUGGCACAUAAAAAUUUUCCUAAUGAAAAUGACAAUUUUGCCAAAACUCAUUUUUUGAUAAAAAGUUUUUGCACUGGCAAGAGGUGGUUUUUCCGCCAUAGCACAAAUGGUAUAUCACACAAAACUGCAAUGGAAAGACCUUUUUUC